ACUGAUUUGCAAAAAUGCCAAGUAGGAAAUUCGCCGACGGUGAAGUGGUAAGAGGCCGGUGGCCUGGGAGUUCCCUGUAUUAUGAAGUGGAGAUUCUGAGCCAGGACAGCAAGUCCCAGCUUUACACGGUCAAAUACAAAGAUGGGACGGAGCUGGAGUUGAAGGAGAGUGACAUCAAGCCUUUAGGUUCCUUUAGGCAAAGGAAAAGUGGCUCAACUUCCAGCUCUCCGUCCAGACGACGAGGGAGUCGGUCAAGGUCGCGCUCCCGCUCCCCCGGCCGCUCCCGCUCCCCCGGCCGAGCAGCUAAGGGUUCCCGCCGAUCUGCCUCCGCCUCACACCAUGUUGACAUCAAGGAAAUGAAGAAGGAAGUGUUGGAAGUGAAGUUGACUCCACUGGUAUUGAAGCCGUUUGGAAAUAGCAUCAGCCGGCACAACGGGGAGCCGGAGCAGCGAGCGAGGAACGACAUGGCGCACAGGAGCGCGCAGGAACAAUUCCCUUUGUCACAAGAAAGUAGUUACACAUCUACACAGCAUAGCCUUCGUCCAAGAAGAGAAGAGAGCAAAUUUAAAAAAAUAGACUUAGAGGAAGAAAAAAUUGUUACGAAAGGACCUACAUUUUUGAGAACCUUGGACAUGACAGCCACGCAGACGAAGGACUUGGAGUUUGGAGGAGUCCCUGGUGCGCUUCUUAUCAUGCUCGGCCUGCCUGGCUUCCUCUUCCUGUUGCUGUUGAUGUGUAGGCAGAGGGAGCCCAGCCUUCUGAACUUCCCGCCUCCUUUGCCAGCCCUGUCUGAGCUGUGGGAAGCCAGAGUGUUUGGGGCCUACCUCCUCUGGUUUUGUGUUCAGGCUUUGUUCUACGCGCUGCCCAUCGGGAAGGUGGUGGAAGGAACACCUCUGGCCGAUGGAAGAAGACUCCAGUACAGACUAAAUGGGUUCUAUGCUUUCAUCCUGACGUCGGCAGCCGUGGGAGCCACUCUCUUCUGGGGCGUGGAGCUCUACUACGUGUACAACCAUUUCCUUCAGUUCGCACUGGCGGCCCUCGUGUUUGCUGCCGGCCUGAGUGUUUAUCUCUACGCGCGGGGCCUGCGUGCGCCCCGGGGGGAACUGUCUCCGGCCAGCUCUGGAAACGCCAUCUACGAUUUCUUCAUUGGCCGAGAGCUAAACCCUCGGAUCGGGACUUUUGAUCUCAAAUACUUUUGUGAACUGCGCCCUGGACUGAUCGGAUGGGUGGUGAUUAACUUGGUGAUGCUUUUGGCUGAGAUGAAGUUGCAGCAUCGUGCUGCUCCAUCCUUGGCGAUGAUUCUGGUGAACAGCUUCCAGCUCUUAUACGUGGUGGAUGCGCUCUGGAACGAGGAGGCCGUGCUGACCACCAUGGACAUCAUCCACGACGGCUUCGGCUUCAUGCUGGCCUUCGGGGACCUGGUGUGGGUGCCCUUCGUCUACAGCCUCCAAGCCUUCUACCUGGUCCUCCACCCCAACGAAGUGUCCUGGCCGCUGGCGGCUCUGAUUGUCGCUCUGAAACUUUGUGGAUAUGUAAUCUUCCGAUGUGCAAAUGCUCAGAAAAAUGCAUUCCGGAAAAAUCCCGCUGAUCCAAAGCUUGCACAUUUAAAGACCAUUCAUACUGCAACGGGAAAGAACCUUCUAGUUUCCGGAUGGUGGGGCUUCGUUCGCCACCCCAACUACCUGGGUGACCUCAUCAUGGCCCUGGCCUGGUCCCUCCCGUGUGGUUUCCGGCACGUCCUGCCCUACUUCUACGUGGUUUACUUCACGGCGCUGCUCGUGCACCGAGAGGCCCGGGACGAGCGCCAGUGCAGGCGGAAGUACGGCCGGGCCUGGGACCAGUACUGCCAGCGCGUGCCCUACCGCAUCGUCCCCUACGUGUACUGACCGUCCGCCGGCGCGUGUCCCAGCGAGCCUCCCUUCGUGGCACUGAGAGGCUCUGUAAGUUCCUUUCUGAGCCAGGACUAUGGAGCCAAGUAGUCAGUCUUUUACUGUAGCCCUGAGUAUGAGUUCUAAAUCAUAACAUUUAACACGAGGAAAGAAAGAUGUUAAGACUUUGCAUUCAAAUAGGAAAUGUCUAGCCCUUAAAAAUCUGCAAGCCAGUCCCGUUAUUGCCCUGAGAAGAACACUUUCCAUGUUUGUGGGUUUGAUUUUAAAAGUGCCGGCCUUGUUUUAUAGUUAGUUCUUAAGUGGAAACACUGUUACAAUGACAGUGUAUUGUGUUUUACUGCAGGAAGAGAAUAGAAUUUUCCUUCAAGUUGAAGUAAGAGGUGUGUCAAGGGACACCAUUCGUAGUAGCUUGCUUACCCUGAACUUCUGAAACUGCAUUCGGAAAUGUAAAUACAUAGCCUUUAUGUAAUAUAUGGUGACUUUGGGUUUCUCUGUACAGUAUUUUGAAUGUGAAAUAAUUGUCAGGACUAAGUAUCUUAACAAAAACAUUUGCAGUAUUUUAAAUUAAGUUCUGUAAAGUAAUACAUGUGAAUUAUAAUUUUUGAGAUAGAAUUCAUUUGGUAUUUUGUAAAAGAUGCUAUUAAGACAUAGGAAGGUAUUUUUCUUAAUCCAAAGUUUGCAAAUUAGGCUUUUCUACCUCAAUUGCAGGUGUGUGUUUGCCUUUAUAAACUUGCAAAUAGAAAAAAAAAUAUUAGAAUAAAUAUAUAUUUUUGGAGUAACAUCCCUAUUUAAACAUUUUUACACACAUUGGAGGUUGAAGACUUGCCAUUUCAGGCUAAUAUUUUUAUAUGUUUUUGAGUUUUUUAAGCUGUGUUUUUGCUACUGCCGAGCUCAUGCAGUUUAUACUGUAUUUUGUACAUUCUUUAUAUUCCAAAACUCUGCUGCCUGUGAGGGAGUGUGGUAUUCAGCUAAAAACAAUGCAAGGGAAUAGUUUAAAAUCCUUUCUCUCUUAGUCUAAUAGAUGAAAUUCUAGUUAAUAGUCUCAUUAUUAAUUGUUCUGUAGGGAAAGCAAUCCACUAAACUUCUGUAUUUGAAUCUCAGUACCUUAAACAUGCGGGCGUCUAGUAAGUGCAGUGCAGAUGUUGAGUUGAAGGAUGGCUUUGACGUGGGCCACAUGGGUCUGCGCGUUACCGCACUGCAUCCUGUGCUUCAGUUCCGUGCGUGCGCAGAGGUGGGUUUGCGUAGCGCCCUGUAGUCUGCAGACACUGUGCUUCCCCCUGGCGACGGAGGAAGGACACGGACUUCUCUCCCCGUCAUGAGAAAGCGCCUCAUAUCCGCUGCCUUUUGCUGCUUGUGUUUUAAGUUGGAAAUGUUGGAAAUAAAGAGAUAGGACCCAGA